GAAUCUUGUUGCCCUUCCUGCAACCGGAGUCCAGGUAUCGUCUGAACGUGGUAACACCUGCUUGCUUGCGGAGAAACAUAAGAAGACCAUGGAGCCAUUCUUGAACCCUAAAGAAUCUGCCAAAUUCAUAGCAGAACACAGUAAAGAUGUGUACAUUGAAGAUGAUGGUGUACGAAAAGUUGGAGAGAUGUUAUUUGACAAGGUCUUGGACAAGGAGUUCAGUGUGGCCGGCUGGAAGUCUUCUCAUGAGCUUAACCCUCAAGCGGCAAGUGAAGACGCAGUGAACUGGGUGUUUCUUGCCGAUACCCUCAAUUUUUCCUUUUGGUCCGAGCGUGAAGAUUACAAAUGUCUGGUGAAGUAUAAAGGCAAAACGUAUAGCGGUUACUGGUCUCUUUGUGCUGCCAUCAACAGAGCACUUGAUGAGGGAAUACCCAUUACCAGCGCUUCAUAUUAUGCCACUAUGACCCUGGAGCAAGUGAAACAUGUCUUUCGCUCGGACACAGAGGUCCCCAUGCCUUUAAUCGAGGAGAGACAUCGGGUGCUGAAUGAGACCGGGACGGUUCUCCUGGAGAAAUUUGGAGGUUCUUUCCUCUCCUGCGUUAAGAAAAGUGGGAAAAGUGCCCAGAAAUUACUACAGCUAAUAGUAGAAAAUUUCCCAUCUUUUAGAGAUGAAGCUACAUUUCAGGGUAGAAAGGUGGCUUUCUACAAACGAGCGCAGAUUCUUGUGGCUGACACUUGGAGCGUCCUGGAAGGAAAAGGAGAUGGCUGCUUCAGUGAUAUUUCCAGUGUGACUAUAUUUGCUGAUUAUAGAAUACCACAGGUGCUUGUUCACUUGGGAGCAAUGAAAUAUUCUGAUGAACUAAUGAAGAAACUCAAGGAAGGGCACAUGUUCCAGUCUGGAGACUAUCCGGAAGUGGAAAUUCGAGGUUGCUCUAUUUGGUGUUGUGAUCUCAUUUGCAAUCACUUGCUGGAGCUUUACAGAAAGAAAGGCAAGAACAUGGAUGAGAAGAUCAAUGCAGUUCUUCUUGAUUAUUAUCUAUGGGACUAUGCACGGGAUCAUCGGGAAGAUAUGAAGGGAAUUCCUUUCCAUCGUACACGUUGCAUAUACUACUGAAUACUACUUUAAUGAUUGAGGAUGAAGUAUAGUAUCAAAAAUCUAGAUGCUGAGUUGUGCCAAGUAGCGUAGUCCCAUUGAAAUCAGUAAGGCUUAAGUUGGUCAUGACUCAUUUAAUUCCUAAAUUUGACUCUUGAUCCAGCCCAAUAAUUGUUUUGUAUACAAACUUGCAAAGAGUAAAUUGAGAGCACUUAUCAUGUAUUUUUCAGACUCUACUCUUUUAAUAAUUAUGCACACUAUCUGUAUCACAGGAAAUGUAUUUUCUUGUAAUUUUUACACUAUUCCCUUGCUGCUUUGAUUGCUUUGUUUCAAGUGCACCUGAGUCUGUAAUCGAUAAAGUUUCUAUUUCUGUUUCAGCAAUAUUUUUGUAUUCAGUUCAGUAAAGAAAAUGGUGUGGAAUAAUAUUAAACAUAAUUCUGGAUUAUA